CUGAGUCCCUCCUGCCACAGAAAAAGGUUCCCUAAACUUCUACGCACAAACCUUGCCCACCCCACCGCAAUGCAGCCUCGGAGGCAGCGCCGACCCCUGCCAGAGUAUAUUGCAGCACCGCGUCCCAGCAACCCUCUCGCUCGGGCAGGCAAGCAACAACCCUGCAGCGUGAGGAGUCGCUGCGUCUGAACGCAAAACAGAGGCUGCAAUGACAAUUCUUACGUCACCUUACCAAUGAAAGUACAUGCUUACGUUUCUCGUAUCUGUACCACUUCUCAACCGGCACUCUCACAACAUUUUGCACAGCACUAGCGACCUUAAUAGACCUCAUCUUCUUUGGAAGAGGGAAAUAUCUUCUACAAUCCUACAAUCUCUGCUGAGUAACGUGCAGGGAGGGUCAUUAGGCUCUCUCCACAAUGUGCGUGGAGUACCACCUUCUUUUCAAAGGAGGGAGCACUGGCAGUUGCUGGGUAAUUUGAAGACUACAGUGGAGGGUUUGGUGUCAGUCAACAGCCCAAACGUCUGGUCCAAGUAUGGUGGCCUGGAGCGGCUUUGCAGGGACAUGCAGAGUAUUCUCUAUCAUGGACUUAUCCAUGACCAGGUAUGUUGCCGCCAGACUGACUACUGGCAAUUUGUGAAAGACAUUCGCUGGCUCAGUCCCCAUUCAGCCCUUCAUGUGGAAAAGUUCAUCAACUUGCAUGAGAAUGGCCAAAGCAGCACUGAUGGUGUGAAUGAACGUGCUGUUGCAGAGCUGUGGCUACAGCAUAGCUUGCAAUGCCAUUGUCUUUCAGCCCAACUCCGACCUCUGCUUGGAGAUAGACAAUAUAUCAGAAAAUUCUACACAGAUACAGCUUUCCUGCUAAGCGACGCCCACGUCACGGCCAUGCUCCAAUGCCUGGAAGCAGUGGAACAGAACAACCCCCGCCUUCUGGCUCAGAUAGAUGCAUCUAUGUUUGCCAGAAAACAUGAAAGCCCGCUGCUGGUGACAAAGAGCCAGAGUCUGACAGCUCUGCCUGGUUCCACAUAUACUCCUCCAACUAGUUACACUCAGCAUUCCUACGUUGGGUCCUUCUCGAGCCUCCACCAGCCUAUGCCCAGUCAUGACUCAGAAAGAAGAUCUACUUCCUUUUCAGUCUCUGACCCUCCUCAGAAACCUCAAGAAAGCAGAGGGCACAUCUCACCAGCAGAGGAUCCAGCUAUCCAAGCACCCCUGCUUCCAGGCUCUGCAUUAACCACGGAUUCCUCUUCAACCCCAAAUGAUAUGAGCUCCAGCACUCUGACCAGCCCCAUAGAAGCAUCGUGGGUCAGCAGCCAGAAUGAUUCCCCAAGUGAUGCCAGUGAGGGGCCUGAGUAUUUGGCCAUUGGCAACUUGGACCCCCGAGGCCGAACUGCCAGCUGUCAGAGUCACAGCAGCAAUGCUGAGAGCAGCAGCUCCAAUUUGUUCUCCUCCAGCAGCUCCCAGAAGCCAGAUUCUGCUGCAUCUUCCCUAGGGGACCCCGAGGGAGGUGGGCAAAAUCAGCUGUCCAGUGUGCUUCGCAGGUCCAGCUUCUCGGAGGGACAAAUACUCACUGUCACCAGUGGAACAAAGAAGAGCCAUACUCGUUCUCAUUCAGAUACCAACAUUGCCUCUAGAGGAACCCCAGAAUCCUGCAGUGAUAAGUCGAAGUUGAGAGGCCCCUUGCCCUACUCUGGCCAAAGCAGUGAAGUCAGCACACCCAGCUCUCUGUACAUGGAGUAUGAGGGUGGUCAAUAUCUAUGCUCAGGGGAAGGGAUGUUCCGAAGACCAUCAGAAGGACAGUCUCUCAUCAGCUACUUGUCUGAGCAAGACUUUGGCAGCUGUGCAGAUCUGGAAAAGGAGAAUGCCCAUUUCAGCAUCUCAGAGUCUUUGAUUGCUGCCAUUGAGCUAAUGAAGUGCAACAUGAUGAACCAGUGCCUAGAAGAAGGGGAAGAAGAAGAGGAAGACAGUGAUAGAGAGAUCCAGGAACUGAAGCAGAAGAUCCGCCUUCGUCGCCAGCAGAUUCGGACUAAGAAUCUGCUCCCAGUGUACCAGGAGACGGAGCAUGGAAGUUUUCGGGUCACUUCUAGUAGCUCCCAGUUCAGUUCACGUGACUCGGCCCAGUUCUCUGACUCAGGCUCUGCCGAUGAGAUUGAUGAAUUUGAAAUCCAAGAUGGUAGCGAAGGAUCUAACCUGACUCACAUGUCAAUGAGUGGACUCUCAGUGUCAAUGGCCUCCAUGUUUUCAGAUGCUGACAUCAGAAGGAACACAGGCUCAAACAGCAAAUCCUUCAUUUCUUCCCAGUCCUUCUCCCAUUGCUUCCUACACUCCACAUCUGCAGAGGCAGUGGCCAUGGGGCUCCUGAAGCAGUUUGAGGGGAUGCAGCUCCCAGCUGCCUCAGAACUAGAAUGGCUAGUUCCAGAGCAUGAUGCCCCUCAGAAGCUCCUGCCCAUCCCUGACUCACUGCCCAUUUCACCAGAUGAUGGGCAGCAUGCUGACAUCUACAAGCUUCGUAUUCGUGUUCGUGGCAACCUGGAGUGGGCCCCACCAAGGCCUCAGAUAAUUUUUAAUGUUCAUCCAGCCCCAACGAGGAAAAUUGCUGUAGCCAAGCAGAAUUACCGAUGUGCAGGAUGUGGCAUCCGGACUGACCCAGAUUAUAUCAAGCGGCUGCGGUAUUGUGAGUACUUGGGCAAGUACUUCUGUCAGUGCUGCCACGAGAAUGCCCAGAUGGUCAUACCCAGCCGGAUUCUGCGCAAGUGGGACUUCAGCAAGUACUGUGUCAGCAAUUUCUCCAAGGACCUACUCAUAAAGAUCUGGAAUGAUCCUCUCUUCAAUGUGCAGGACAUCAAUAGUGCCCUUUAUAGGAAGGUCAAGCUGCUCAAUCAAGUCCGGCUGCUGCGAAUCCAGCUAUAUCACAUGAAGAACAUGUUCAAGACAUGCCGACUGGCCAAAGAGCUUCUGGAUUCCUUUGAUGUAGUUCCGGGCCAUCUGACAGAGGAUCUCCACCUGUACUCACUGAAUGACCUGACUGCAACUAGGAAGGGGGAGCUGGGGCCCAGGCUUGCUGAGCUCACCAGGGCAGGGACUGCCCACGUAGAGCGCUGCAUGCUCUGUCAAGCCAAAGGCUUCAUCUGUGAGUUCUGUCAGAAUGAGGAUGACAUCAUCUUUCCUUUUGAGCUCCAUAAGUGCCGGACCUGUGAAGAGUGUAAAGCAUGUUACCAUAAAGCUUGUUUCAAGUCUGGACGCUGUCCCCGGUGUGAGCGGCUGCAGGCCCGGCGGGAGUUGCUAGCCAAGCAGAGUCUGGAGUCCUACAUGUCAGACUUCGAGGAGGAACCUGCUGAAGCCUUGGCUCUAGAGGCCACCAUCCUGGAGACCACCUGAAGAAAGCAAGUUAGGCCCUCUUUCUAGGGCUAAUGUCAUACAUAAUGCAGAACUGAGCCACCCUUAUAAGGACUUUCCCCACUUGUGUUUUUUUUUUUUUUUAAAUUAUUAUCAUUAUUAUUUUAUAUGACUUGUUUAAUGUCCAGGUUGGUGGGGUCCAUUCUGUUAUGACCAUUUGUUGGUUCCAGGUAUUUCCAUCAGAAGUGAUACAUAGAUCUUUAGAUGAAACUUCUAGUGCCUCUGUCAGGGGGAUGGACCAUGAGACCUAAUUCUUCUGACAUCCAUGGCCUUUCCAUUGGAUCAGCUGGCAUUUCCAGUGGCAUGUCCAUUGGUUUCAACUGUAUUUCAAGUAUGAUUUCCAGUUUUAUUUUGUUUCAGUUCUAGAGCUUCUGAGCCAGGCCUGGUCAACCAACUCACUUCUCCUUUGCUGCUAAACAGGAGGAUGGAGUAUUCUCUCUCCAAGUCCUGGAAUAGGGUCAAACUGUGCCCUGAGGAGAAGCAAAAGAAAUUGGACUAUGUCAUGGGCAUUCUGUCCAACUUAUUUAGGUAUUUUUGAGAGCAUAUUAGAAUCCUCAGAAACCUCGAAGCAGCCAGGAUUUUCUUGUUUGAAAUAUCCAGGCACAGAUGAUGUAACAAGCUUUUAUUUACCUUGGUGGUGUUAAAACCACCAAGAAAAGCUUAGUCCAGUGCCAUUUGUAGCCUUAUACCAAUCAUAAGUGAGGCUACAAUUCUGUUGACCUUAUAAGAAGCAUUUAUCAGUCAGAGGAGCUGUUGGCUUCCUUUUCAGUGAUAAGAUCCCUCUCAGUCACCUUAGGUCUUUGGUGCAAGUACGGUCUUUUAAGCUUAGGCAAAUCCGUGAUGCCAUCUUCAGUUGAGGACAGAAGCUCCAUUCACCAUCUUUGUAGGACUCUUUCCACUAUGUCCUUGGCUAAUGGUCAUUGUGGUUCUGAAUGAAAAUAUGUCCAAGUCCAUUCCUUCUCUCCUCUUCCUGCAGCAGAGUUGGAACCUUCCCUGGUGGCUGAUUUCUGUCGAGUUUCUUUUGUUAAAUUUGGGGGGCAAAGCUUUCUACUAUUAGUGGUGGUAAAGACUUUGACAAUUUGUGGAUAUGUGGAUGUUCCUGUGUUCUUGGGCUAACAAAAGCCUUUAUGCCAAUUAUGCACUUAACUCUCUAGCCUAGUGAUAUUCUUAUGUUCAACCGUCCUCUUCAUAGUACUAAUUUUAGUACACACACACACACACACACACACACCCUCUUUUUAAGUGUGUAUUUUGAUGAAACUGUAUAUACGUUUGUGGUCUUUAAGUUGCAACAGCUCCUGACCUGUGUGGUCAGUGUUCCUAUUCCAAGGACUGACAGCUCUAUGAAUUAAAGCCCACAGCAGUUUUGUUCUGGGACUGACUUCUUCCUUUCUACCUGUCUGUCCAUAGUUGGUUGCUAGUAGAAAACACUUAAUAGGGGUACUACCCCAGAAAGCUGAACAGAACGUUGCACAUGGUUGGUGGAAGCUGAUGAGUGCCUGAGUUGGAGCAUGCAAGAGUCUCACAGGAAGUAGAAGGAACAUAAAGGUAAAGACCAGAGCUGAGACUCCACCAGGGCAAGAGGGAGCAGGGAGGAACUGAUUCAUAAAGUGGGUCCCUCUGCCUCAGACUUGGGAUCUGAAGGCUGGGUGGGUUAGAACGCCCAGAGUGUUCCCUUCCCUUAGCUAGGAGGCUCUGAAAACCAGUGCCUCAGAAAUAGCUGAGUAGAAGUUCCCCCAUCCUUUAAGGAGCUUUGGGCAUGACCCCAUAAAACUCAAGUCUCGCUAAAGGUUAGUCUUCAGGUUCAGACUUAGAGGGUUGAAAAAAUGGUGAGCUCUACUUGCAGUUUUGAUUAAAAUUUCAAGUCCAGCUCCUUAUUCCAAGUCACUACACUGGAAGAGAGACAUACUCUCUGUCCUGCCCAUUUCAUAUUAGCAUAGGAUCAAGGAAGGAAAAUGCUGACACAGUUUCUAAAGCAGAGCUCAGUGACCAUACAUGCUCCUGCUUGUUUUUCUGCUUGUUUUAUUCCCAUCUCCCGUAUCCAUCCCUAUUGCAUAUCUGUUUUAGUGACCCUGACACUCUGCUGUCAUCACUGUUUAAAUAUCCAUUUGAGAGUAGGGGGAGAGAGGAAAGUGGAUAGGAUGUUUUGAAAGCACUUUGUAACUUACCAGUAUCUAAAAAUCCCCUACUGUUGUGGAGAGAAAUUUUGAAUGCACUGAAGAAGAGUUCCUUCUGAAUUAAAGGGGAGGAAAGAAGUGUUCUUUGCUAUAAAUGAAGGGAAAACAAUUUUGCUUGCUAGGUGGAGACAAGAUUCAAGUCAUAGCAGAAGAGUGGGAGGCAUAUAUUUUCCACUUAAAUGAGGCUGUUAUUGACUUUCUCUGCCAAUGCUUUAGAAUUUUUGUUUGAUUUAAUAUAAAAGGAGCAAGAGUCUAAAUAGAGAUGUUCUGUGUGUGUACAACUUACAUUCUGAACUGGAUUUUACUUGCUGUCGUUCAUGUACAGCCUAACAAUUCAUUGUCAUAUUUAAUAAACUAAGGAAAUGAAAGUCUGCUGUUUGUUUGCCUGCC